AAUUAACGAAGUGCGCUCGAGGAGGCAACUGGAAUUUAGGAAAUUGAAAUUGAAUCGCGAAACGAGUAAUCACAAUAACGGAGAACAUUAUAGUGAAUUGCGACAGCAAACAACGAAAUAACAGAAGGCAUUCAAGUCGCUUGACUUUAAAUUAGUUUUGAAUUAUAUAUAAUAAAAUCUGACAACUGAUUAAUAAUCUGCGCAUUGUGAAAUCAAAAUACAUAAAUACGUGAAUUUUUGAAGAAAACGCAAUUCGUACAGAAGUUAUCAAACAUUCUCUUAUCGAAAAAUAACACCGAGAAACCUCAAGGAAGUGCAUCACAAAAUGACUGGGUACAAUUCCAAAGGUGACGUGGCUACUGGCAAUGGCAAUCACAAAAACAGUGCCAAGGGUCAAGCCAAUGGAAAAAAAACCGCUGAAUACGCCGACCGGGAGAGUGACGCCAAUAGCGACAACCGUAUCCAAUGCUAUCUAACACCCGAAGAGUUUCGGGCUCUACGCGUGAUGAACGAAGACACGUAUCCGUACGAGGUCAUCCAGGAGAUUGCCGACUUCAUUGUGAAGGGCUCGGGCAUGCGACCAAAGAUUGGAAUCAUUUGCGGUACGGGGCUCGGUUCCCUUGCCGAUCUCAUCCAGGAUGCUAAGGUCUUUGAAUACGAGAAGAUACCUAACUUCCCAGUAUCCACAGUGGAGGGGCACGCGGGUAAACUUGUUGUCGGCACUCUGGAGGGCGUCAAUGUCAUGGCCAUGCAGGGGCGUUUCCAUUUCUACGAGGGCUACCCACUGGCCAAGUGCUCCAUGCCGGUCCGCGUGAUGAAGCUUUGUGGCGUCGAGUAUCUGUUUGCCACAAAUGCGGCUGGUGGUAUCAAUCCCAAGUUCGCUGUGGGCGACAUAAUGCUCAUGCACGAUCACGUCAACAUGCUGGGCUUCGCUGGCAACAGUCCGCUUCAGGGACCCAAUGAUCCGCGCUUUGGACCCCGUUUUCCAGCUCUGGUCAACUCAUAUAACAGGGACCUGAUAAACAAGGCGAUCGAGAUUGGCAAAGCGAUGGGCAUUGAGUCGAACAUCCAUGUUGGCGUCUACUCCUGCCUGGGCGGCCCAACCUACGAAACGAUUGCAGAGCUGAAGGCACUUCGGAUGAUGGGCGUUGAUGCAGUGGGCAUGUCCACGGUGCACGAGGUCAUCACUGCUCGCCAUUGCGAUAUGAAAGUGUUCGCAUUCAGCUUGAUCACCAACAAGUGCUCCAUCGAGUACAGCGACAAGAAGGACGACGAGGCCAACCACGAGGAAGUUAUGGCCGUGGCCAAGAUCAGGCAGAAGGCGUGCUGUGAGCUAGUUUCCCGCCUCAUAGCCGAUAUACAAAAGACCAUGUAAUGCAAUACAUAAUUACACGGAUGCUGUCGCUUCACCGAUUUAAAAUGUAUCUUUAACGAAACCUAGAAUUAUUUUUAAAAUCUACAGUGUAAGCAAAACUAUAGAUAUUAAAUUAUAUGCGCAUAUGCACAUUAAGGAAAAGUUUGUCAGCUUGUAGAGGUCAUAAGAGUUAUAGUGAUUCUAAAGUUAAAUCGCUGCAGAGAGGACUACAGGUCGGCCUUCUAGUUUCCGAGGUUUUUGAAAUAUGUGAAAAGUUUCAAAGCUAUGCGGUUCAACAACCUAACUCUAAGCAAUUAAAAAUAAAAAUAAAAUAAAUACAAUAUUCAA